UCUGCAGCACCUCUCAUGAUAUUUGCCUAUCUUGGACCGAUCAUCCGAUCAAAAUGUCCAGAAGGCUUCGUUCUCACAGAAUGGACCAGACAGCGUUAUGGCUUGAUUGCUUCCCUGUAUAUCAGCUUCUUGACGCUGGCCACCAUGUUCCUGUAUAUGGUCGCCGAGCUCUCGGCCCUGCAACAGAUUAUGAAUGCUUUGACUGGGAUGGAUGGUCUUCCAAUGGUUAUCGUUGAGUGUGCUGUCACUACUAUAUACACCUCUCUGGGGGGGUUCAAGAUCUCCUUUAUUACCGAUAACAUUCAAGGUGCCAUGGUUAUUGCCUUGAUAAUCAUCGCCACGAUCACCAUUGGAGUCGAGACCAAGAUUGACAAAAGCCUGAUCGAUUCCUCUGGCCUCACUAAGCCUAGUCUACUCGGAUGGCAGCUUCUCUACAUCCUUCCCGUAGCAGUCCUAACCAACGACUUCUUUCUCUCCAAUUUCUGGAUCAGGACUUUCGCCUCGAAGACUGAUAAAGAUCUGUGGAUCGGUGUCUCCAUUGCGGCUGUCGCAACCCUCAUCAUUCUCACGCUCGUUGGUGCCACUGGUCUGAUCGCAACCUGGACCGGAGCUUUCGACCCCACCAACCCCGACCAAGACGGUAGCAUCGCCUUCUUCUACCUCCUCGAGCAGCUCCCAGCAUGGACCGUAGGCAUCGUCCUCGUCAUGGUGGUCUCCCUCAGCACCGCUGCCUUUGACAGCUUCCAAUCCGCCAUGGUCUCUACAGCAUCAAAUGACCUGUUCCGCAACAGGCUCAACAUCUGGUGGAUCCGCGGCGCUGUCGUAGCAAUCAUCUUCCCCGUGGUAGUGCUCGCUCUCAAAGCUCCAAACAUUCUGCAAAUCUACCUAAUCUCCGACCUCUUUUCUUCAUCUUCCAUCCCGGUCCUUGUUCUCGGACUGAGCGACAAGUUCUACUGGUGGCGCGGAUUCGAGGUUGUAGUCGGUGGGCUGGGCGGUAUUAUUACAGUCUUCAUCUUCGGCACCAUCUACUUUGGUAACGCUCAAGACGGUGCAAAUCUCAUUCUUCUCGAAGGCGGGCUGUACGCCAAUGACUGGAGCGUGUUCGGUGCGUUUGUCGCUGCCCCGGUUGGUGGGCUGCUUUGGGGAUUCGGGGCACUGUGUGUUCGGCUUUCGUUCCAGUUUGUGGCGGCCAAGGUUAAAGGACAUAGGUUUGAUGCGUUGGAUCGUCCAGCGUAUCUUGAUACGAGGGUUGAGGGAGCACCUGAAUAUGCUGAUAGUAGCGAGAUUCACAGUGAUGCUAGAGACGGGCUUGUCACGGUCGAUCAUAAGGGCAAGUUCUUUUGA